UCCGUUGUAUAGGGGGGUCCAUCAAUCCGUUUACAAUGGCCAUCUGGAUCGCUUGUGUUUCAGUUCUGCUGCUUGUCCUGCUGGAUGUAACUGCGGGCGGUAAAUACUGUCGAAGCGAUCUUUGUCCACGCGGCGGUCCGCAUGUCGGCUGUAAUCCACCACCAUUUUCCGGCGGUCCUACGUGUCGCAGCAUGAAGGGCGCAAAGAAGAUUUCGCUAAAGAACUUAAAAUCCUUCAUCACGGAUGAGCACAAUCUUAACCGGUCGAACAUUGCGCUGGGCCGGAUUGCACCCUAUCCGAAGGCGGUCAAGAUGCCAACGCUUACGUGGGACGCGGAGCUUGAGGCGCUUGCCGAUGCGAAUGCACGGUCCUGCAACUAUGGGCACGACAGGUGUCGAGCGACGGACAAGUUCCCGUACGCCGGGCAAAACAUUGCCAUCACGCAGUUCUUCGGGUACAAGUUCACCGAGAAGGAUCUGAUCCAUAAGUUUGUCUCGAGCUGGUGGAGUGAAUAUUUGGACGCCAGGCCGGAACACAUCGCGAAGUAUCCGACGUCGUACAGAGGAAAACCCAUCGGUCACUUCACGCAGAUCGCCAGUGAUCGUAGCACGAAGGUGGGUUGCUCGAUGUGGUACUGGAAGGAUGGUCAGAUGGAUGUGUACUACUUCGUGUGCAACUACUCGACGACAAACAUCAUGGAUCGAUCAGUGUAUCAGUCCGGUCCAACCGGUUCACAGUGCAAAACCGGACGGAACUCCAAAUUCCCUGGCCUCUGCAAUUCGAACGAGGAACCACGCUCUAUUAUGGAUCCUUAAGGUGUUGGUGCUUAAGACAUCAACUCCAUCUCUAGCAUGGCUCUAAUUGGGUUGUUAAUUUAUCAAAAAUAGUUGAAGAAGCUCUAAAAAAUAUUUCACAUAAAGAACUUCAAAAAUUUAGGCAUCGAAAUCUUGUCCCAUAAUAAAACGAUGAGCACUUAAUCGA